UGAAGAAUUUCCUAUCCGAUUGUAAGAAGCAUGAGAAGGCAAAAUCGCACAUGGGUGCCUACAAGACCUGGAAGACCUACGGUUUUCAGCCUCGUAUCGACUGUCUCAUGUCACAAACUAGACGUGAAGAGAUUCAGCGUCAUAACGAGGAGGUAAGGCAAAACAGGGAAAUGUUGAAAACCAUAACAGAAGCUGUUUUAUACUUGUCUAGGCAAGAGCUUGCAUUUAGGGGGCAUGAUGAAUCUAGUAGCAGCAUGAAUAGAGGAAAUUAUAGAGAGCUACUUGAAAGUUUUGCCAAGAUGGAUUCUGUUUUUGAAAGGCGAUUACAUGGAAGGCUUGCUGAAACCCACCUUGCUGGGGGAGGGCGGUUUACUGGAGUCUCUCCUGAUAUUCAGAAUGAUUUGAUUGAUUGUCUUGAUAAGAUAAUAGAGGAUGAGAUUUUAAAGGAAAUAUAUUGCUGCACUUUCUUAACUAUACAGGUUGAUGAGGCAACUGAUGUUUCUACCAAAGAACAAUUGAGUGUAAUUGUUCGAAUGGACAAAGGGGAAAGUGUCAUUGAAAGACAGCUUGGGUUUGUUGAUGUUAGUUGUGAUAGGACUGCAACUGCUAUAUCAUCAGUGGUUAAGGGUUGGGAUGAUGAAACGUUAAGUAAGGUUACUGGUUUACUUGGCUACCUUAAUGGCUUCUUGUUUUGUUUCUUGGUACAUGUUUUCCAGAGAAUUCUUGAGCAGUCAUCCAUACUUUAUUCUAUCUUGCAAGACAAGGACACUGACUUUCAUUAUGGAAUGAGUAGGUUUGAGAGAUUCAAGGCCUUUGUUGCUUCUCUGAGAAAUGAUACAGAAUAUUGUCAGGUGUACGACCUGGCUGUUGAGAAAGUGGGACCACCAGUAACCAGGGUGUUUAAGAUGUGGAAAGGUGAAGUGCCCUCAGAAAAGAUAAAUCUUCUAAAGGAGGUUUAUGGUGAUAUGUUUGACAUACCAAUGCUAGUUAGCCAACUUUGUUUUAUUUACAGAGAUAAAGACUUUCACUGUGAUUCAUGCGAUGAAUUAUUGAAAUAUAUUUUUCAGUUCCAUUAUCAAUCUAGUAUUCCAGAAGUUGUAAAACUGUUAAAGAUAAAUGGGGUUUUGUCAAUUACAAGUGCUUCAGUUGAGAGGUCAUUUUCUUGUUUGAAGAGGGUAAAAAAUUAUCUUAGAAAUACUAUGAGCCAAGGACGUUUUAGUUCUCUUUGCAGGAUUUCCAUUCACAAAGACAUACUGUCAGAGAAAGAAGACGCCAACACAUUGCAUGAUGAGGUAGUAAAGAAGUUCAUUGAAAAACCACGAAGACUUGCUUUCUUAUACAAAUAGGUAUUC